AUGCCUAAAAAUAGAUACUCAGAUGUAGUUUGUGCCGAUUCGACACGUGUAAAAUUGAAAUUGGGUGAAGAAGUCUAUGGUGACUAUAUCCACGCCAAUUACGUCAUUUCUCCACUAUUAACAACCAAAUUUAUUUGUACUCAGGUACGUGGACCACUCAUUCAUUUGGCCAGCUGUCUCUGUGUUUUCACAUUA